GGCGCCGAGGCGUUUUUGUUGUUGUUGUCUUGGAGGAAGUGUCAGGUGGUGGGGACUGCAGGCACCAGGUUGCUUCACCACUUAGGCACCGGGCUGCAACUCCUCUGGGGACCUGGUUGCAACACAGGGGUGAUUUGACAUCAACAUUCAUGAGGAUCUAGCUACAUCACCCUUGAGAACCUGACUACAUUACCUUUGAGAACCUGGCUACAUCACCCUUGAGAACCUGGCUACAUCACCCUUGAGAACCUGGCUACAUUACCUUUGAGAACCUGGCUACAUUACCUUUGAGAACCUGGCUACAUUACCCUUGAGAACCUGGCUACAUUACCCUUGAGAACCUGGCUACGUCACCCUUGAGAACCUGGCCACAUUACCCUUGAGAACCUGGCUACGUCACCCUUGAGAACCUGGCUACAUUACCCUUGGGGGACCUGGCUACAUCACCCUUGAGAACCUGGCUACAUUACCCUUGAGGACCUGGCUACAUUCCCCUUGAGAACCUGGCUACAUUACCCUUGAGAACCUGGCUACAUCACCCUUGAGAACCUGGCUACAUCACCCUUGAGAACCUGGCUGCGUCACCCUUGAGAACCUGGCUACAUUACCCUUGGGGGACCUGGCUACAUCACCCUUGAGAACCUUGCUUUGCCAGAAAGACCGGUCUGCUUCAUUGGGAAUUUAACUGCAACACCACUGGGUACCUAAUCAUCAACAUCGCUAGAGCCUUGGCUGUAACGUAGAGGUGAACAAUUGCAUGAUCACUGGGACCUGGCAUCAACUCUGGGUUGACCAGGAUCCAUUGCUACUGAAGACCUGGUUGCAAUAUUUUUGACCUGACUGCAAUAAUGUCAGGUCAUACCUUGCAUUAUUGCCACUGGUGACUAGGCUGCAUUACUGCUGAGGCUGAAACACCAGGGUGACCCGGCACCAACACCAGGGUGACCCGGCACCAACACCAGGGUGACCCGGCACCAACACCAGGGUGACCCGGCACCAACACCAGGGUGACCCGGCACCAACACCAGGGUGACCCGGCACCAACACCAGGGUGACCCGGCACCAGCACCAGGGUGACCCGGCACCAGCACCAGGGUGACCCGGCACCAGCACCAGGGUGACCCGGCACCAGCACCAGGGUGACCCGGCACCAGCACCAGGGUGACCCGGCACCAGCACCAGGGUGACCCGGCACCAGCACCAGGGUGACCCGGCACCAGCACCAGGGUGACCCGGCACCUGCACCAGGGUGACCCGGCACCAGCACCAGGGUGACCCAGCACCAGGGUGACCCGGCACCAGCACCAGGGUGACCCGGCACCAGCACCAGGGUGACCCGGCACCAGCACCAGGGUGACCCGGCACCAGCACCAGGGUGACCCGGCACCAACACCAGGGUGACCUGGCACCAGCACCAGGGUAACCUGGCAUCAACAUCACUGGUGACUGGGCUGAGAUAACAGUGUGCCAGCAUGGAGUCUCCUGACAUGCAAGCCAAGUACCAAAAGCUGGCAUCUGAGUACUCCAAGUUACGAGCUCAGAACCAGGUGUUAAAAAAAGCUGUCGUUGAUGAGCAAGGAAAAACUGCACAUCUUAAUGAUUUGAUAAAGUCUCGAGACCAGAUGCUAAGGAAGGCAGAACAGGAAAAUGAUUCUCUUGCAUUCAGAAACCAGCAGUUGACGAAGAGACUCACACUUCUACAGGAAGAUCUUGACGAGAUUCAGUCCAAAUCCAAGAGAGGCAAAGUGAAAACCGAGAGUGUGGGUGAUGGUGCUCUUGCGGACAACACUGUCUUUACUGAGGAGCUUCAGUCCAAGAUUCAAGAGAAUGCUAGAUUACAGUCUGAACUAGCAGAAAUUGAAACGACAUAUCGUAGUCGUUUAUCAGAACUUGACACACAGUUGGAAGUCGCUAAAAGAGAAGGACAAAAAUAUAGAGAGAUGCUGGAGCUUCGAGAAAAAUCUGCAAAUGAAAUCGUGGAUCAGCUGGAAAGUGAACGAGUGCAACAAGAGGUAACUGGCCAGCAGCGGGAGGCUGAGCUACGGGCACUGAAGGAACAGAUUGGCCGGCUUCAAGAUAAACUUGCCCAAUCUGCCACCAUCAGUAAUUGUUAUCCAACACAACCAGACAACCAAGAUGCCCAGGUCUCUCCUCACCACACUGUUGGCAAGCCGGUGGCAUCCAGCAACCUGGACAUCCCAGUACAAAAUGGACGAGACAGAUCUCCCAGCUUCACUGCCAGGAGCUUGGUGGACUCGUUUGAUAAUCUGAUUCAAGAAAUGUCAAAAUCUUUUGCCAAGUUUCUGUGUAGUUACGGCACGAGAGUCAAGCUUUACGAAUAUUCUUCGGAGAUCCAAGAGAAACUAAUAGAGCAUUUAAAGUCAGCAGCUUCCUCAUGGCAUUCCUUAGCAUCAUCUUACCACCAGCUGGCAGAGAAUACCUCAGGAGAAGGUUUUGUUACCCUAGAAACCUUGAGUGGUCUUAUGCAAGUGAGUCGUCACGUUACGGCAUGUGGUGCCAGCUUGCGAAAAGUUUUGCCACUUGUGGUGCAUUGGGUGUCAGAAGGCAGCAGAGGACAAGUUGACGGAGACCGUGUAGGAGCAGCGUGGAGUGCGGCAUUCAACAGGCUGGUGUCUUCUUGGGGCUCCUUGGCUCCCUAUGUCGCAACACUUGCCAGUCAGAGCUCACCAAACUCCAAUCUACCCCCGAGUGCCCAGGGACGUGUUAUAACUAUGCUCAGUGACCGUCUUAAUAAUCUUCACGCUGCCUUAAGAGAGGCAUCCAUCACGUACCAAAGGAAGGCUGCAAAUGAAAAAGAUCUGCCGUCUUCAUCAGGAGAAGCAAAGGCUGCCAAUGAUGAGAUUGUUAGUGUUCUCACAGAACUCUCUUCCACAUCUAAUAAGAUGGCGACUAUGUUCAGAGAGCAAGUUGUUCCCUACUGGAAUAGGAGUGGGUCAACCCCAAGCACUCCUUCUUCACUGUACCCAAGCAUGCCUUACAGCCUGAAUAAAUCUCUCAGUAGCUCUGUACCCAUUCCUCAUGAUGAAAGCCAUCCAACACUUUGUGACGGCACACUAACCAGCCCUGGAGAGAGCACGAUGUUGGGAGACAGCGAAGCCUCUCUUAUGAAGCAGCUGGCUGUUGCAUCCUCUAAAUUAAGUCAGCUUGAAGCAGAGAGAGAACACUGGAGAUUGGAGCACCAGCUUCUACAGUGUAAACAUCAAAAGGAAGCAAAGCGUGUUCGGCAAUUGGAGAAUCAGCUGAAAGGAGAGUUUACGUCUAUUGAGGAAAGUGACUACUUGUACUCCAAGGACCAUUCUGCUUCAGGUGCCUCGACUACAUCAAUAGUGGGUGAGGUGUACGGUGCUGACGGGGCUUCAGAUGAGAGAGAAAAGGACAUUCGGAAUCAUUUUACAAGCCGCUGCUCUCACCUGUACAUGCAGCUCACAUCGGCAACAAGCCAAGCUGUUCUUUAUCAGAAUGAGUGCGAGUCAUUGAUGAGACGUUUGGUUGUGAGUGAAGAGAAACGAUCCAGUUGUGACCAGGAGAUUGACAACCAGAGGGAGACUGUCAAUCAGCUAAAAGAAACACUGCAGACCACAUCUCGAAACUACGAGGAACAGAUAUCUACAAUGUCUGAACAUUUAGCUGAUCUGAAUGAAAAAAUAACAGCUCAAUCCGAGUUAAUUGAACAUCUGAAAUACGAAGUCAAAAAUAAGAAAGGAAAGAAGUGAAUGAAGUGCAAAGAAAUUUGCAGUAGGAAAUUUCUUCAGAAUUUCAAGAACCAGGAGAUUGGAGAGGCAAGAUGACCACGAUACUCCAGGGACCAUUGAUAGGGUGAUCAUGCUUGUGUUUUUGAGAGCGUCAUAGAAGGACUUGAGUAAUAAGUUAUGCCAAGGUGUUUCAUCAACAAGGAUGUGCCUGAAGAGCCAAGGAAUCCUCUCGUGGGAGCCCGCUAUGUAAGCCCAAAAUACAAAGCUGAGGAAGUUCCUAGAAAGACUGAUUAAAAUGUUGGAUCUCGAUAAGGUUUUUUCAAAGAUCUGCAUCUUCAGUCAUUAGAAAACAUUUUAUUCUGGAGAGAUCACUUUUCUACGUAGUUUAAUCUUGGGGUAGGUUGUAGAGCCAGUGUGAAGUUGACCCACAAGUUAGUGAACACGUAUGGAAGACUAUUGUGUUGUUCAUAAUUGUUACUAUGCUACUGGUGCUGGGACCUUGAACUUCACAGAACAAUAAGUGUGAUUAUGGUGACUGUUACCACAAUCAGUAUGUAACUUAACCCCCCACACUAUAAUAAUUAAUCUUUACCCAGUUCUUUUGCAUACAUGUGGCUUAUGUGAUAUACUGUAGUGUGGACAGAACUGAAUCUUAGUAUUAUAUAACCAAUAAAUAAUUUAACAUGUUUAUUUUAAAGAGGUAACUACUGGUUUAAAUCACUGAAAUAAUAUAAGACAAAGGUUAGCAGACCUUUGACAAUGGCCUUAUCCCUAUGAUUAAAUAUUAAGAACUCUUACUUAUUUAUACAAUUUUUCUAACAAUUUAUUGGUGCUCCUAAUUACUGUAGCAAUAAGGUAUAUUUGAUUUGUGGCAUUUCAUAUGACAGGUCAUGCAUGAUGAUUCAAGGUGAAGUAGUGUCUCAAAUUAGAAAAAAAAUAUUCUCUUGUAACUAAAGUUCAGCAAAAUUAUAAACUUACAGCAUUCAGUUUCAGUAGGCUAUCUUACAUUUUUUGUAGACAAUUAUAAGGAGAAAGUGCUAAGAUAGUAUAACUUAUUGUUAACACAUGGAAGAGACAAGAGGAGAGGAUUAGGACAGAAGAGGCACUGGGAUAUGAGGAAGGAGUGAAGAGAAAGAUGGUGCCCAAACUCUUGGAGUGUCUAGAUCGAAAACAGACCUGCAUGAAGCAAGGUUGUCCCUGUGCGACAUGUCCAGGUGUUUGUACAUUAGAUUUUCAUAAGCUGCAUGCUCCAUACUUGGUAAUAAUUUGUUGUUACAUUAGUCAGCCUUACAAUUGGGAUUCAAUUUCAAGUAUUACGUAUUUGCGAGUUGCAUAAUUCAUUACAAAUUAAUAUAUUUGUUUGCUUUAGUUAUCCCUACAGCACUACUCACAAAGAAGUGUUGUUUUCUUUAUUAUUGGGUUAUCGUUAGCUGCGUAUACUCCACAGCGCUCCUUAAUAGUUCAUCCUCGCCUUCUCUGAAACACCAGGCAAGUCUCCAGAAUUUUAAGAUAUCCAUUGAAUAUUACAGUACAGUACUAUUUUUUUCUCUUCUACAUUAUUCAGUUUUUACCUGGUUCCUUGCAUAAUUUGUUUUCUUUAUGUUUAUUUAUGCAGAUACAUAAGUAGAUUGCAUUGAUAAGACAGAUUAUGCAUUGUUAUUUGCAUGUGAAAGUGCCAAGUAGGUUGAACAUAUAUUUUUGAGAUUAUA